AGCCGAGGCGGGCUCGAGCGCGCUGCUUGCCCGCCCCGUGCGCGGCCGGGUGUCCGCAGAGGAGGCGAUGCGAUCCCUGGCCCGCGCGCGGGUCCGCCGCAGUGGCGGCCGCGCGCGUUGAGGUGCCGGCGAGGUGAGCCGUUGCCAUGCCAGCGCCAGUUCCGGCGCCAGAGCCCGUGGAGAAGCCGCAGCCCGAGGCGCAGCCGGAGGCCGAGGCGAGGCCAGGGGCCUCGGAGGCCCUGGCGGCCGAGGCGAAGCCGGAGGCCCCGGAGGCUCAGGCGAAGCCGCAGGCCCUGGAGGCCGAGGCGAAGCCAGAGGCCCCCGAGCCCGCGCCAGCCUCGCCGCAGGCCAGUGCGCCAGCUGCGGCAGCAUCGAGGGUUUCGGAUGACCCGCCGAUGCAGCCAGAGCUCGUGCCCCGACGACUGCGGUGGCAGCAGCUGUCCGCCUCUGCGGCGUCGCAGGCCGAGGAGGCCGCCCGGGCGGAGCCCGCCGCGGCCUCGAGCGCCGCCGCGCCCUCCGGCGCCGCCGCGCGGCGCGAGGGGCCUCGGGACCCAGUGGACGAGCUGGAUGCCCAGGUUGAGGAGCUGCUCCAGUCGCCGGAAAUCGACGACCGCGCGGCCCAUGAGCUCAGGACCUCGUCCGACGACGUCAAGCGCAGGGUCAUCGCGCGGGGCGGGAUCACCAGCGCCCGCAACCCCUCCGCCGCGAUCCUCGUCCGCAUCAAGGACGCCAAGGUGGAGAUCAGGACGGGGGCUACAAGGAACAAUGUCGCCAUGUCCAUGGGCCUCCCGACUAGCAGGGAGGUCGAUGACUUUAUCAAGGAUCACCGCCUCAGCCGCGAGGCUUCCAAGGCGCUGCGGAGCUCCUCGCCCACCGUGAAGAGGCGCAUUCUCUGCAGCACCUCCAUCGCCGACUGCCCAGACCCCAACGCCUACGUGCUGGGCAUGAUUCCGGGCAAGGGGGGGAAGCCUUCGGCACCGACGAUUGGCCUGCCCGCCUUCCUUCUCGCUUUGUGCGCCAGCGAGUUACCCUGUUCGCCUCUGUCAAAGGGCAUCGGUUCUCCUUCGCUCAUCUUGGCUGCAGGCCUGCUGUCCUCGUCUCUGCGUGUCUCAAGCC